CAAGCUCCAGCUGUUAUUUAAAGCAUGCAGCUGAUCUACGCUGCUUUCGAAAUCGAUUGUAUCUCUAUUUUUUGCCUCUUUUUUUGUAUAUUUACCAAUAACUCUGUGUCGAUAUUAUUAUUGACAGAUCAUUUUACUGGCAAGUGGCGAACAGGUUGAUUGACGGGGCAUUUUAUCGUAGUCGACGCACAGGCAUAUAAUGGUCUCACGAGCGCAUCCACACGGGGACGAUGAUAUCCGUCUUUUAGGAGACGACUCCUUCGAACAAUCGGACGAAAAAGAUAAUCUGAUCUCUUUCGAUGAUACUUCCGGAUUGCGCCACCGCGGACCCUCUUCCAGCCACAAGAAACCGCUAUCUGCAGCCAGGUCCGUAUCACCAUCAUCCGCGCAGGAUUCUCCGAAGGGUCCCGUUGUAGCCGUCUUUGUUGUCGUUUUUGACGCCAAGCAAGGAAACCGCAUAGAAUGGUCGCACACUGUGGAUGGCAGUGUUGAUAUUGGAGGUGUGGAGUACAAGGCUCUGCCAAGCGGCGCUCAUACCGUUUCUUCCGAUUCUUUGACAUUCAAGAUAGGAUCGUAUUAUGGGGUGGCAUAUUUCCGCACAGAAACCGACAAGUCCAGUGCGCGUGGCGCCGUGUUUCGUUCCUGUGGGCUGCUGGGCCGCCGGUUGGAGGAUAUCGUGGGAUUUCGCACAGUGCUGCAGUCCGAAUUGAGUCAAGGGAAGCACUCAACCGGUGACUACCAUGUAUUGGAAGAUCUAGUCGGUGGACGCUCAGAUUUUGUAGACAAUGCCUUUACUCCAGUAAUGGAACGAGUCAACAAAUCAGAAAUCGAGCUGAUGCACGAUAACAAAAUUGUACGCGAUUUCUGCACUUUGCUGGGCGCAGAUAUAUUCCGCUUGUGGAAAUGUGUUUUACUGCGCAAGCGCAUACUUAUCCUGGGCACACCGCCAUUUGCUGAUCUUUGCCAUAUAGCACAUUUGUGCUCCCUUAUUGGAAAUUACGACAUUAGCAGCCCGCUGAGACCGGAUUACAAUUUGCUUCUCUAUGUGGAUCUAAAUGAUAUCGAUAAACUCCGCCAAUCAAAAACCUUCGUUGCAUGCACUUCUGAGCUGAUAUACCAGUUAAAAAAUGACUGCUACGAUGUACUUAUAAUGAAGAAUCAACUGCACAUACAGGAUCCGGCCUUGCAGCGAACCUGCCUGACAAGCGCCAUGGAAAAGGAAAAUUUUUCCGAGUUGAUGCACGAUUAUAAUUUGCGAUCUUCCAUAAUGCAUGUCGAUUCGGGAAGGUUCGACGCGACGGAAUUCGUUGGAGGAUAUUUUACGGCUCUGAACGAAAAGAUUCUGUCGGCCUUCCAUGCUGCAGAUUGUACAGCGGAACAAACGAUAGCAGAUUCCGCUUUGGAGGAUUUAUCACUGAAUCCUGCGUCGGAUGUACCUUUCCUGCAAGCUUUAGCUAACAUGCAUUGUCCGUCCAUUCGAGUUCAACGCCAGCCGCUAUGUCCGCAGUGCCAUUUGUGUUGAUUCUGCAGUUGCUUUCGGUCAGGGUUUGUGAUACAACAAGAUUUAGAGAGAGAUAUUUUUUUAUUUGGAAUACUCUACAGUCUUUGUAUGUUCCAGUUUGAUUUUAUGGGAAAUAUUGCUUUCCGUCCUUUUGUAAUGUUCUGUUUUUAUUUUUUUACCCGUGAAAAAUUGUAUGGGAAAUGGUUUUAAAUAAAUUUAUUG